UGCCUGCACCGUGUGUGCGAGAGAGAGUAUUCCUCUUAUUCCUCUUUUUUAAAUUCUUUUUUUGGUUAGAAACUCCAAUUCUAUUUUUUUAAAGACCGAACCCAAACAUCAUCAGAGCCACACGGUUUUGUUAAGCUACUGGAAAUAACUGGGAUUUACAGCAGGAUUCCCUCCCGGCCCGGCCCCUGCGGACUCCAGCAGGCUUACUGCCUUACAGGUUUGCAAAGUUUUUUUUUUUCUUGUAUACCUUUUUCUUUCCAGAGCCAUACGAUCACUGGAGCUUCAGUUUAAUCGAAGUCGAUGCGUUUCAUGUGACCUUUGGGCAGACCGUGGAGCUUUCUAUUUUAUUUUGUGGGGCCUUGAGUCAGGAUCUUCUUAACGUGUGCUUGGAAGUGGUCAUACCGGAACUGGGGCACGCACAGAAAUAGUGCGAGAGAAACCAGAUACGCCGUAACUUUCUGUCUGAUACCUGUUGAGCUUCGCGACUAAACUUUGGCAGUGUUUGGGGGCCUUUUUAUUUCCUGGGAACUUCCAGCCAUGAAGAGGAGCUCUGUGUUCUAUUAAUUAUAUUUGAGAACUCUACGCGUUGUCAGACUGUGAACAUGGAUUUCUAAGGGAAAAGUAAAGCCGAUCUCCAAACUUGAUGAAGCACUUCUGGCAUGAGGAAGAUGGAAGGGAUCAUCUUCGUUUGGAAGGGAACAGUAUUGGAGCAAGCUUUCUUAUCACCGUAAAUUCAAGGAAUACUGCCUGCCUAAUUUCUGAGAGGGAUACAAAUAAGUGCAGAUAACAUUCAAGUUGUGCAUAUGCUAUGGGAAAUGAUAUCAAGAAGGUGAGGUGUCUCUCGAGGGUAUUUGGGAUGGAUGUUUUGAAGCUGUGGGUCUUCAUAACUCUUGACCAGGAGACAGGAGGCCUCCACAUCCGCGGGGACCCCUCCCCGUGCCUCAUCUCGGUGGGACCGAGGAAUUCCUAAUGCUCCCUGUGCACCCAGACUGACUUCUUGCUUGCAACCUGUUUCACUGAUCCUUCUGGAUUUAUCUGCCGGAGGAGAGACUCACAAUUUAGGAUUUUUUUUUUCCUGUUUGUUUGUUUAAAAUAUGCCUCCGAGCUCCCGGCGGCCUCUGAGCACGUGGCACGGGGCAAGAGGAGCGGCGAUGGCGAGAGCCGGCGUCGCCGGGGAGCCGCGCUGGCGGUGACCGAGCCCCGCUCUGCGGCCCCUGGGUCUGUCCGCAGCCGGCUCGGAGCCCGGGAGCGGUGCCGCGGGCCGGGCCCGCCGCCGUGAGGACGCGUUCCCGAGCGGUAUGAGCGGCCGGAGCCCGCUGCUGGUAGCAUGAGUGCUGGCCCCCAGGUGCAGCUGGCUGUCCUCUGGCCUUGGCUGCUCAUGGCGACCCUGCAGGCAGGACUGGGCCACACCGGGCUGGCGCUGGCGGCGGCCGUGGAGUCGGAGCGGGCGGCGGCGCAGAAAGCCAUCAUCAGGGUCAUCCCGCUCAAAGUGGAUCCCAUCAUCCUGGAAGGGGAGUUCGCCAACGUCGCCGAGGUGACUCCGGCCGAAGGGAAACUGCUCCAGUCCCACCCACUAUCCCUGUGCAACACCAGCGAGGAUGAACACACAGAAUCGGGAUUCAUCACCAUCGUCAAGCUGGAACAGCCGGACCGGGAUCCCAACCCCUGCCUGUCCCUAGCCAACAAGGCAAAGCUGGCAGGGGAACGUGGAGCCCGUGCGAUCCUUUUUGACAUCACCGACGAUGAAAGUGCUGCUGAUCAGCUGAGGAAGCCCAGAGGCCUGAGCCAGCCCGUGGUCCUAAUCAGGGGCCAUGAUGCUGAGCUCCUCAUGGGCGUUGUGAACAAGAACAGAGAGGCCCACGUGAAGAUAGAGGUCAAGGAGCCACCAGCUUGGCCAGACUACGACGUGUGGAUUCUUCUCACAGUGGUCAGCACCGUGGUCGUCAUCAUUUUGAUUUUUGUUGUCCGCACAAAGUGCCAGCUGAACAGGACUCAGGACUCGGUGCAGCAGCAGACCCUGCAGGCCAUCGGGCAGCUGGCCACACGCCGCUACCAGCCCCGGGCGCAGCCGGCCCCGCGCUGGGACUCGGCCAGCAGCUGCAGCUCCACCCCGGUCUGUGCCAUCUGCCUCGAGGAGUUCAGCGAGGGGCAGGAACUGCGGAUCAUCUCGUGCUCCCACGAGUUCCAUCGGGAGUGUGUUGACCCUUGGCUGCAGCAACACCACACAUGUCCACUUUGCAUGUUCAAUAUUCUUGCCAGAGACUCAGGGGACCAGGCCAUGGCUGCCAGCUCCAGGCUGGUCCCUCAGGACAUGGAGCCAGGGCGGCGACUCCACCUUUUCCGCCAGCAUCCAGGACAUGCCCUUUACCACCUCCCGCAAGCAUAUCCUCAGAGGAACCUCAGGAGCUUUCCCCAAGAGUCAGCCCAUGGCAAUCCCUUCUUCCACUCUCCAGAGCUCUCCCAGCUGGAUUUUGGCACCAUCCACUACAUGCCCUACAGACCAGCCACCUCCCUGCUGGCCUGUGGCCACGUGGCCCCGCUGGCCCCAAGCUUGCUGGGGCAGCAGCAUCCCAACCCUUCUGCAUGCGGGCAGGCGCUUGCACCCCACAGGACAUGUCCCCUUCAGCCUCAGCCCCACUGUGUGGCACCCAAGGCAGUCAUGGCACAGAAGCAGCACCGUGUGCCCACCCUGCGCCGAGGGCUUGGCCACCAGCACAACAGCAGUGGCUCUGGGGAGAGCUAUCUCACAGAGCAUAGUGGGUACCUGGCCGACGGGCCAGGCAGUGACUCCAGCUCGGGGCCCUGCCAUGGCUCCUCCAGUGACUCCAUGUUGAACUGCACGGACGUCAGCCUGCAGGGCAUCCAUGGCAGCUGCUCCACAUUCCGCAGCUCCCUCAGCAGCGACUAUGAUCCCUUCGUGUACUGCAGCUCUGAGGGCCCCACCACGGACCACAGUCAGGAGCAGCUGCGGCUGCCCAGGGAGAGGCGGCCCCACUCCUUGGACCUGAUGGUGCCCCAGGGGGCUGCUUCGGCCAAGCCCCAGGUGCUCAGCCACGUCCACUACCACCACCACCAGCAUCACCACUACAGGCAGCACGCGGAGUGUCCGCCUGGACGAGCCGGACAGGGGCCCGAGCCACGCAAAUCCCGGUAUUCCGGGGCCAAGGUUGCCUUCCACAGUACUCGGACACAAAAGAGAACUGAGAAACGCCAUCACUCUCAGCAGCCUUUGGAAAGUAGUGCCAUGGUGCAGGAGGCAGCUCCAGCAGGCCAGCCAGCCUGUCCCCAGGAAGGCCAGGAGCCCACUCAUGCCCCCUCCACUUUUCCAAACAGGCUGGACUUCAGUGUAGAUGCCAACAGACAAUUGGGAGCUGUCCCGCUGUCCCCCAGACACAGCUUACAGAGCAGGCAUCACCGAAGGAAAAGAAAGUGUCCCCUGGAGCUCGACCCCGCUCUCCUGCCCAAGGACUCAGGCGAGCCCGGAGCCUGCAACACUCACCUUCCUCCCAGCCAUCCUGCUGGCUACCGCUGCUCUCCCGAAGCCCAGCCCCUGAUCCCAAGCGCUCCCCUGCCCAGCGGCUCCCGGCCGCUCUGGAAGUGUUUAGUGCCACAGUCCAGCUCCGAGCUGAGGAAGCAGGAGGAGGGGUUGUCAGGACGGGAGAGAAACUGCUCAGUUCCUGUGGAUUUGUCAGGGACGUGCACCCCCAGACACAGUCUGAGUGUCCACCUUCACUGCCCAUCUCAGCUGGGUGGUCAGGGAUCUGAAGAGGAGGUCCAGGAUGUCCAUGAACACUCAGUUUAAUAAAACACUGGCCUGUUUGCUUGCUGGGAGUUGGAGUGGACACAGAUGUUGAUGGAGUUGCUCACAUGUGGCUCUGCCCAGCCCUGCCCUGCUGAGACACAGACUGGCAAGAGCAAUGGGCCACUCAUGGUCUCCUGACACGUCUCCACGGUCACACAGACAGAGCCCUGCUCUCCGGGCUGUCUCCUCUGGAGGCACAGGCAGCCCCUCAUCAUCCCGUGGCACCGCUCCGAGCUGGGCAGGGCUCCCAGGGAGAGCUCACCGAGUGAGUGCAAGCUGCUAUUUUGGCGUGAUCAUGCCACAGAAGGUUUUGCUAAACACUGCAAAAAUAAACAAGCCUUCAAGACCAAAAGCUGCAGAAAUUACUUUCUGUGGCCUGGUAGCUCCUGACUUCAUUUCCUCACUUAGGUCAAAAGCCAGAUUUCUUCAAUUAACUUUUUCAUGCUUAUUUCAGACACAGGAACAAGCUACUCUCCAUCUCACCGCUCAUAGGGCUGCCCUGCAAGGUGCUGCUUCUGACUUCAGUGGAAACCAAGAGCUCUCAUCACUUUUGGUCACCUCAGUGUCCCUCAGCUGACGCCGUCUCAGCCACUGACUGUUUGCCAGUAGCAGGAGAGGGGAAGACACAGGGACGUCAGCAUUUCUGGGAAGGAGCUGGGUCAGACUCUUUCCAUUGCAAAGAAUCCACCCUCUCAUCUGGCAAUGUGAACAAAGUCUCUCACUUACCCCCUAACUCCUCCACCUACCCUCAAAAAACUGUCAUGGCCAGCCCUGUUAAGAGCAUAUUUCAAACAUAUGUUAGAUGUCCCCAUCACAGGAGUCAUACAAAAUUCUGGAGUUCAUGUGGUUCCUGCUUCUCUCCUUCCUCUCAUUGCCCCAAGACACAGCAAAAAUUCCCAGCAAAAGCCUCCAUAAUAAAUGAAGAGCAGAGCCCUAUCCAUCACCCAGCCUAAACUUCAUAUUCUGAGACUCCUGAAAUCCUUCAAAAGGAUUUUUCUGUCUUUUCCAACAUUUUGAUGAUGCAGGGAUAAAACUUGAGAAAUCAUCAGGCUCUAGUUUAUUACAUUCCCCCUCCCCUACAUUUAUGAAUAUUUUGGAUUUUUCUGAAUGUCACUAGUUCUUAUUUCCUACAUCUCAUAAUUUGCAGACAUUCAAGCAAAAUAAAACCUGCCAAAUUCAAAACAUAACCCAUGCAGCUUUCAAACAGCAGAGAAUCCCCGUCAGGUUCAUUGCCCUAAAUAAUCAGUCAGGCCAAAGAAUCAGCCAGAUUCCCAUGUGAAGUGCACGUUUUCUGUGGCACCAGGUGCUUCCAAGCACAAGGAAGCAUUGGUGAGGAUACAACACUGGAGCUAAAGAUAACUCUUAACAGUUUGAAACUUGAUGUAGGGACAGACUUUCCCUUCUGCUCAGUAAAGCUUCCCGUGUCUUUCUUUGAAGCAGCAGCUUCUCAAGAGAGCGCUCUGGUGAUGUAGUCCCAGUUUAGGAUAAUCCUCUGCCUUCCUUUGUUGGUGGGAAAGGUUUUUACAGGGUUUGCUGCCCUUAAUCCUCGAAAAAGGCAUCUUUGUCCCAGCUGCUAAUCAGUCCCUGACAGUCAAGUGAUCAGCCAAUAGCACUAUUUUAAACCCAACAUUAUUCUCUUGUAGUGCUCAUUCCUUGUCUCCUUGUGACCAGGCUGUGUGGGACCUUUUCAGUCUAGGGAAGAGCUGAAUUUCCUUCUUCAAAGCACCCAGCAGAAUUAGAUUCAGACCUUUCCAGGCUCUUGUUUGUCCUACAGUGGAAGCAGAAGACACAAGCUCAGAAAGUUUUCUCCUGUGCAGGGAAGUCAGUCUUAACUACAGGAAAAAUCUAGGAGUGGGUCUGGACUCACCCCAUUGGGCUUCCUGUGCUCCUGGUCUGUGGUUUGUCUGAACCAGGUCCCUAUGUCCUUGACCAUCCUGGAGGGCUCAGAGGCUUAACAGAGGGGGAGGGUCAUGAAGUCAGGGUGCUCCCACUGCUUUAUUUAGGAGUCAGGAAGGCAGAGAGCCUCCAGGGAUGCAUUUCACUGCUCGAAAGAACAAGUGCAGCUCUAAAGUCCUCUCUUUCCCUCCUUAUCCCUAACAGAAGAGGAGAUUCCUGAAAUUGUGAGAGCCACAAGCUUCUUUGGGAAAGCUGCACCCUCUCCACUCCCCACUGCAGUAUUACCAGGCUGCCAGGGCAGCACCUGCUUCCAGGUGUCUCCCUUCCCCAACCUUACGCUGCUGCUCCUGUUCACAUAGGAAAUCCUGGAGUGCAGGUCUGCAUCGGUGGGGGCUCAGGUGGAGGAGAGGGAGGAACUGUCUGGGAACUUGGGUUUGAAAGAUCCUCUUCAGUAGAUGGAUGACUAUCCUUGGCUGCCUGGAAGGGAAGAAGCAGUAUCUGAGAAAAUAGGGAAUGGUUCCUCUCAGUUCUUUACCUCUUGCUUCCGGGUGAUGCUUUUGAGUGCUCGGUGCCUGUGGGCUCCACCGUGGAAUUUCUCCAGCAUUCUUGCAGUGAUGCAGAGCUUAUUUUCCUUCUUUGCAUCCCAGGUCACAGCCAAAAACUGAUGGAAGCCAGAGCAUCCCAAGCUCCCUCUAUCCAAACUGAAGGCCCAGUCCUUCUGCUGGGACCCCCUUCCCAAAAGCUCACACCCCCUGAACUGGCCAUAUGGUCGGGUUGGCUGGAUAUCUCCCCUCCUGCACAAAUCCUUCAGAUCCUUCAGAAAUGUGAAUAUCGGUUCGUCUUGUUGUUGCUAUUUGUUUCGUUUGUUUUUUUUUGCUGAAUCUAUGCUGGCUGUCGGGGUUUGGGAAUAAAUUAUGACCCAGGAAAAAAAAACGACCACACACGGGGGAAAAAAAAAAACCAAAAAAAAACCCAUUUUAUAUAUAUAUGCAAAACUGUGUAUUUAUGUCCGAUAAACACAAAGAUGUGUGAAUAUGCUGAUGUGCUCAGAAAUAUAUUUAUUUACUAAUAUAUUUAUCCAUGUACUGGU